GCGAGCCGGUGCCGCUCACGACGCACGGGGGAGGGAUUCGGUCCGCGCACGGUCGGGAAGGGGAGUCUGCAGACACACGGAGUGACGGAGCACACAUCAGCGGGAAGGGGGGACAUUUAUCCAAGAUGCCUUCGAAUAAAGACGACGGGGGGUGGAAGAAGUUCAUGUGGAACUCGGAGACCGGGGAGCUGCUCGGCCGCACCGGGGGCAGCUGGUUCAAAAUCCUGAUCUUCUACGUCAUCUUCUAUGGAUGUCUGGCCGGCAUCUUCAUCGGCACCAUCCAGGCCAUGCUGCUCACCCUGAGCGACUACAAGCCCACCUGGCAGGACAGAGUUGCACCCCCUGGCCUUACGCACACCCCACGAUCCGACAAAUCCGAAGUGAGCUUCAGCCUGAACGAGGUGGAGACCUACCUGUCUUACACCAAAGCCUUGAGGGACUUCCUGGUCAAGUAUGAUGAGGACAAACAGCGCGACCAGAUGAAGUACGAGGAUUGUGGAGAGGAACCAGCGGAGUACAAGAACCGGGGAGAACUGGAGAGCGACAUUGGCGUCCGGAAGGCCUGCCGUUUCCACAGGUCCAUGCUCGGACCGUGCUCCGGUCUGGAAGAUCCAAACUUUGGAUUCAGCGAGGGCAAGCCAUGCCUGAUCGUCAAGCUCAACAGGAUCGUCAACUUCCGCCCAAGGCCUCCAACCUCAAAUGACAGUAUUCCAGAAGAGGCUCAGCCCAAAGUGCAACCGAAUGUGAUCCCUAUCUACUGCACCAACAAGAAAGAGGAAGAUGCCGGUAAGAUUGGCGAGAUCAAGUACUACGGGAUUGGCGGCGGCUUCCCCCUGCAGUACUACCCGUACUACGGCAAACUGCUGCACCCACACUACCUGCAGCCGCUGGUGGCGCUGCAGUUCACCAACCUGACCCAGAACACUGAACUGCGCAUCGAGUGCAAAGUGUACGGAGAGAACAUCGACUACAGCGAAAAGGACCGCUACCAAGGACGCUUUGACAUCAAACUGCAGGUGAACAGUUUAUGACCGUCGUCAGAGUAGUAGCACCUUCACCUGACCGCCUCCCCACCCUCCCUCCACCGCCCCCAAACACCAGUUUAUUGUAGGAAAUGACAAGUCGAGGGGAGCGGGUAGGCUGUAGCGGUUAAAUCAAUCAGUAGACUUGAACAAAUAAAUGGAAGAUAACCGACUUUGUUCGAGGACCGACGUGUAAUCCUUUCAUCAUUAGCUUCUACACCUCUGUGUAGCAUUAGAGUGUAAAUUAGAGGAAAAAAAAUAGCAAUAGGCCCAAUUAAAGAUAUUUAUUCUGCUGUUAAAGACACUUUUCCACAAGCCAUGGGACAUCGUUCGUCGACGACAGUAAAGUGUAAUUCCAUCUCUGAUGUAGCGAGCCGUGUGUCCCCUUCCGCAUACCGCUGCCUCGUGUGGUUUCCGUAGAUAGUUUUUGGAGUGUGCCGUAGUUGCAAAAAAAAUCCUGGCUCCUCCUUGAGCCGCGCCGUUUUCCUUGCCUCUUUCCUCGUAUACGCUUCCGCUGCUCUGUGACACGAAUCCCAUUUCCUUUAACGAUCGAAACCGUCAGACACGGCGCUCCGUGUAGGGAAAAGGCUGCACUCCAGGGAACUUCUCUCCUCUUUUUACUCGUCUUCUACGUCUGAUCACAGGAGACGCUUUUAAACUUUUUAUUUUUGUGAAAUCAACGCGUGACAGGGUUUUAUUACUUUGGUUUCUUUUGCCUUUUACCUUCUGAUUUUUGCCUUGAAUGUAGUUUUGUGUCCAGCCUGUUAGACACUACGGUGCUAACGCAACUCUUUAGACAUUUUUUUUCUCUUUUUUUUUUUUUUUUUUCUUUUUUGCUGGUGUAACUCUCUGAAUGUCAAACCAUGGACCAUGGUGGAAGAUUUUAUAUUUAUGCAGUUGUAUUUUGUUUCUUUGCAGAAUAUUGUAAUGUAUAAAUGCAAUACCAAAGUGGUGAGUUGAAGAGAGUCUUUAUCAGAAGCAAUGCAGUACUCCUUCACAGGAAGUCAUCAUGUUAAGUGCUAAAGUCAGUGUCUUGCCUUGCAACCUUUAAAUGGGGAACUCUGGAUUUGUGUUUAGGCCAUGAAUGUAGUCUCGGUGUACAUUGAACAUUCAACCGGCUAUUUAACUCCAUCCUGAACUGAUCAUGCAUUUUAAAAAGAAAGAGUUCGGCCGGAGCUCUGUGGCUUCACAUGAUCACUGACGUUGGCUCUGAAGUUCACUCCAGCGUCACUCGACUUUCCAUCAGUUCAUCCACCUUUUGUCAUUUAAUCAGAGAUAAAAACAAAUAAAAUCAUAAUGGAUCUUU